AUGUCUUCCACACCACCCAGGCCGGCGGGAUUCUACUAUGACCCCUGGGGUUACAUCCGACCACGUCGUUAUUUUGACCACGAGGGCCGUCCCCUGCCCAAAAACACCAAGGAGACAUCCUAUGCUCCCAUCCCAUCGUGGUCACCGUCCAACCCUACUUUCACCAAACCACCACACCAUCAUCCAGCACUGGGGAGAAAGGAGCAGCAUUCUUUGCGUUGGUGGUUGCUUCGGGAAAAGGCGAAAAAGGCAUGCACCCACGCCAUUCAGUUGGCCCACUUGGUAGAGCAGCUACAGAAGAUGGUCAAUAUGCAUUCCGCAAGUCAGCAGUCA